AUGGGAAAGCGCAUCUUGCUGCUCCUGCUGGGCCUCUACUUGCUGGUGAGCUCCCUGCAAGCUUUGACAUGUUUCGUGUGUGCGAGGAUCAAUUCUGAGGGGAUUUGUGAGAAAGGAGAAAGUUGCUGUAAGGCUAAACCUGGUGAGAAGUGUGCCUCCCUUCUAACCUAUGAAGGUGGCAAAGUCAAGUUUGGAAACCAGAGAUGUGCUGAGCUUUGCUUCAAUGGGGUUGUUGUGAAUCAAAAUAAGACGAUAAAAAUGAACUGUUGCAAUGACAAAUCUUUCUGCAAUAAAGUAUAA